AUGGCUGGGACCUACAGUCCCUGCUUUUGUCUAGUGGUAGCCAUUAGUCUACUUCCUUGGGUGACCAGUUCAGAAUGUGCCUCAGGGCAGUCCAUGGACAGCACUGUCAUGGGAGGUGGCCUACAGGAGCCAGAGGACCCAGAAGUGAUGCCUGACACCCUAAGUUCAGGGUUUGGAAGGGAGCUAAGGAUAGAUCUGCAUCAUCGGAUAGCUUACAUCCAAGAUGAGAAACCAGGAUCCAUACAUCCAACUUCACUCGGGCUCUUUCUGCAGCACCACAUGCCCAGUGAUUUGGAGGGAGCUAAGCAAUGGCUACAACUCUAGGAUCUUCAGAAAGGGCUUCCUCUUUGGACUUUUAUCCUGAUUCUUAUAGAUCUGUUGUGUGUCUACCAGCUCCACAAGGCUAGUGAGGCUGAGGAGAGGGGUCGUUGGGCCCAGGUCUUUGCUCUCCUGGCACAGAAAACACUUUGGCACCCGUGCAAGAGUUUCUGUCUCCAGGGCCAGCCCUCUUCACUGGAAUCCUGGGCCUCCAUCCUUGACUCUUGCCUCGAACCCUUCCCUUUCACUUGA